ACAAAUCAUCACCCGCUUUGAAACAAACCAGAGGCUCUGAAACAAACCAUUUAAGUCCGAAGGUCGUUUCCUCGACAACGUUUGUAAACGUCGCUAAGAGACGACACUUCAACCACUUUGGUCUGAACUCCAGCUCAGAUUUAGCUAAAUGUUAGCAAGCCAAUUUGAAAUAGCUAGCUAUCUAGAAAAAAAAAACACAAAUACGAAUUGUUGGCAAUAGUAUAUAUUUAGUAGAAUAGAAUCUAUGGAGUCAGCCAACGUUAGCAAAUUUAGCUACAUUAAGUUACUUUUCUAACCAGCCAUAUUACAUAGCCUACAUUUUCUACCGUUAGCUAGCCCAUGAUAUCGAUGAGAAAUGUCCGCGAAUAUUAACCCCCUUGCAAAUCCAAAAGGAGCGAACAAAGUAUGCGAGCUUUGUGAAAAACCAGCGUACAUUCAAUGCACGAAGUGUUUCGUCACUUUCUACUGUGGCAAAGAGCACCAGGAGGAUGACUGGGUAGCGAUCCACAAGAAGGUGUGCCAGCUGCUGAUCCCUGUCCGCACUCCUGUGCCCUACUACACCCUGGAAGCAGAAAGGGAGCAGCACUGCUCCCAGAUCCUGGAGAGACAGAAACUGCUGAUGGAGGUCUCGCAGAGGGUGGCGGAGAAAAAGCUUUUUGAGAAGAGGCACAAGGAGUCCCUCCCAGCAGCUCUUCUCUCCCUGCGCUCCGCCAUGGACAUCUACGGCACCAGCGGAGUCCAGCUGGUCCCCGCCUACCUUCUGCUGGCCGAGGCCAACAUCGGCCUGGGUAAUCUCUCCCCGGCUGAGCAGUACCUGUCCUGGGCAGACUGGACGGUGGUAAGGACUCCAGACUGCAGCCGGACAGUUCGCCACAAGCUGCACCGCUGCAUGGGCCGGCUCUUCAUCGUCAAAGGCAACCUGGAGGGGGCGCUGUUUCACCUGGCCAAUGACAUCUACUACGCCAGUGAAGAGUAUGGCCAGGAUAGCAUUGUGACGUGUGGUGGCUACUAUCUGAUGGCAGAUGUGUUUUUUAGGCAGGGAAAGAUGGACAUUGUAAAUUCCCUGUACACAGAGGUAGCAAAUACCUGGCACACCCACCUGAGCAGACUUCUGGAGAAGCACAUAGAGAACACCAUUACACCAGAGGAAUCUUUCGACGAGGCCCAGCAGGCCGAAGCAGACCAGAUGCUCCGCUCCAUGCUGGACGUCCCGGACGGUUGCCCCGAGCAGCAGCCCAACCAAUCGGCCGCGCUGGCCCACUCCCUGGGCAUGCUCUGGCUCCUGGGCGGAGACCCCGACAAGGCGCUGGAGUUUGGCAAGAGGGCCCUGUUGUCCAGCCAGCUGGUGCCGGACUGCAGCCUGACCGAGCCCAUCCAAAGGCUGCUGCAGCUGGCCGAGGAAGACCUGAACGCUGCCAAAAAGGGCUGGCCUGACCUCCCCCACUACCCCAGCGCGCACACCGAAAACCAACACAGUGCCCAGUGUUCAGGAGGUAAAAUCGCCCUCUAAUGGGACGCAGACUGGUUUUGAAAAGUAGGUGCUCCCGUUGUGAACAGUAAUUAGCCUGUUAGCUUGCUGUGUGUCUCCUGUGGUUUUCAUUACGACAUAAUGCCACCCAGCACAAUAAAUUUUCUUAAAAAUAUCAGUUUUCAUUCUGUAGAAAUAUAAAAUAUCCACUGAUAUUUAAAAGGGCCUUGGUGUGCUGCCUGGCAUUCAUUUUUUCAGUUUUCCAUGUACUUUGAACCUGGUAGCAGUUCUGACGUGUUUAUUCCUUUUUAAAAGACCCUCUGGUUUCAAUAUUUUAAUAUAUUUUUCCAUUAAAUAAAACCUGUAUAAUCUAAAUAUAACUGCAGUUCAAUUCAGUUAACUGAAUUAAAUGAAAUAUUCAAUGCCCAGGAUAUGAUGAGUGUGCAUAUGAUGAAUGUGAGUGCAUGCGUUUGUGAAAAUACUGACUCGGUCAGCUUAUAUACUGUACUGACAGAGUUUGUUAAAUGAGGUAGAAAUCAUAAUAUUUUAUUAUUUUGAAAAGCAUGGAAUUGGACCCUGAGGGGCCUUUUGAGUUUGUUCAGUAUGUUCAGAAAAGAAGCGCUCACUUGCUUGAUGCUCUAAAAAUAUACGAGCAUCAAGCGAGUGCAAGACUUCUCUUCUCUGAUUGUCCUCUGUUCCUGUGAGCCAGGUUUUUGGUGUUUCCUCUAUUACAUUUUGGGUAUAAGACAGCUUUUAAAUUUAGCGGUGGUCAACUUGAAAAAAACAAGAGAACCCCCCCCCCCCUUUCAAGAUUUCAGUAUAAUGUGCUUCAUGUAUGAAGACCACAGGUAUUGCUGCGGAAAAUAUAUGGGUUAUGGAGAAAAUACUACAGUUCCCAAUGGCCAUAAGAGAUUUAGAAAAACAAGUGAGCCACUUUUAGAACAAACAAACAGAAUCAUGAGCUUCUGUAGUUUCAGAUGGUGGAAGAUACUUUUUUAUUGCCUAAUUCCUAAUUCGUCAUUGUUUUAAUGUUUUCCACUAAAACAUACUUUGAGCUGAAUAAAUAAGUCGAUUGGU